UACUCAUUAGAUACCAUUAAAUUCAACAACACCACUACAAAGUUUACAACUAAGAUGAACAUGAUGUCCAAAUAUCUAACCCUCAGUGUCCCUCAUCAUUCCACUACCCCUUUUCUCACCCCAUCUUUAACCUUAAAAAAUCCAAAGCUCUCUCACUCUCACACUCAUCUUCCCUUGCCAUCAAAACUGAUAAAUUCUAUACCCAAGUGCCUCCCAAUGAGAUGUUCCAACUCUUUUGUCCCCAUAACAUCACCUGAUUUGGAGUUUGAGCCUGAUCCCACACUUACCAAUGAAGAUCUCAAGCCAACUACACCUAGCCAAAGGACAUUUUCUGGCUUUGAAAUGGCUUGCCUUUGGGUGGGACUUGUUGUUGGUGUCCCUUCCUAUUACCUUGCUGGUAGCUUGGUUGAACUUGGGAUGGCUUGGUGGCAAGGCAUAGCAACUGUGGUUGUAGCCAACAUGAUCCUCUUAGUUCCAUUAGUACUCACUGGCCAUGCAGGCACCACUUAUGGCAUAUCAUUCCCAGUUCUUGCUAGAUCCUCUUUUGGCAUUUAUGGUGCUCAUAUUCCCACUCUCCUAAGGGCCUUGGUUGGUUGUGGUUGGUAUGGAAUUGAGUCUUGGAUAGGUGGAGAGGCAAUUUUCCUUCUUUUGCCAAAAUCAGUUAAAGAAACUUCAUUUUCACAGACUCUACCUUGGCUUGGCACUUCCCCACUUGAAUUUGCUUGUUUCAUAGCCUUCUGGGUGGCUCAAUUGGCCAUUGUGUGGAAAGGAAUUGAUGGUAUUAGAGAGCUUGAGAGGUACUCAGCUCCAAUACUCAUUGUCCUUACUUCCUGCCUCCUUAUUUGGUCUUAUGUUAAAGCUGGUGGCUUUGGUCACAUGCUCUCCUUAUCCUCUAAGCUCUCAAAUUCAGAAUUCUGGUCCAUAUUUUUCCCUUCUCUUACUGCCAAUAUAAGCUUUUGGGCUACUGUGGCUCUUAACAUCCCUGAUUUUACUAGAUAUGCUAAGAGCCAGAAUGAUCAAAUUAUUGGUCAUGUUGGGCUUCCAAUCUUUAUGGGGGCAUUCACAUUUGUUGGUCUAGCAGUUACCUCAUCUACAAAAGUGAUAUUUGGUGAAGUUAUUUCCAACCCAAUUCAACUACUUGGACAAAUUGGUGGCCUUACAACAAGUAUCCUUGCAAUCCUUGGUAUAAGCUUGGCUACAAUCACCACCAAUAUUGCUGCUAAUGUCGUAGCACCUGCAAAUGCUCUUGUUAAUCUCAACCCCACUUGGUUCACCUUUAGAAGAGGAGCUAUUCUAACUGCACUACUUGGAAUUGCAUUCCAACCGUGGAGGCUUCUCAAGUCAAGUGAGAGCUUUGUUUAUACUUGGUUAGUUGGAUAUUCUGCAUUAGUUGGUCCUAUUGGAGGGAUUGUUCUAGCGGAUUACUAUCUAGUACAAAAAACAAAUUUAACUAUAAGUGAUUUAUACUCAAGGAAUCCUGAUGGGGCAUACUAUUAUUCAGGGGGGUUUAAUAUGGCAGCAAUUGUGGCUCUAGUUAUUGGAAUUUUACUAGUAGUUCCUGGUUUCUUGCAGAAUGUUGGAAUUGCAACUUCAAUUCCUAACACUUUUGUUGUGAUCUACAAAAAUGCUUGGUUUAUUAGCUUCUUUUCUGCUGGAUUUUUAUAUUGGGUUCUGUCAAGUUUGAGAAGGAAACCAGAUAAGUCUUCUGCUAGAGACCCCCUUUUGCCAGCCAAAAAGUAAAUACAGAGGAGCUCAUUGACCCUCCCUUAAAUGUUUGUAUAAACGUUGUACAUUGGCAUAUAUAAACUAACUUUCUAUGAUACUUCUUUUUGGAAGAAAGUUCCAUACUGUAUGAUAUUUGAAUUAUUAAAGAUUCCGUCAAUCAUUUCAAUGAGUGUUGUUUCCCUAA